ACAAACCCAACCCAACAAAGUUGGAGACAUAUUGAGAAUGCCUUGUUCAUCUCCAAUCAACACUUGUUUUCUUCUCCUUCUCAUCCUCCUCCUGUUACAGUGUUUUCUGCUCUCAUCUUGUGAUGCGCAUUCAGAUCUUGAAGCACUGAUGAAGCUCAAGUCUGCCAUGCUCCGACCAAGGGGCUCUGGACUUGACGACUGGCAGUGGCACCAUAAUUCCAGCUCCUCCUCGCAUUGCUCCUUUUCUGGAGUCACAUGCAACCAGCACUCUCGAGUCAUCACUCUCAACAUCUCCCCCUCUGUUCCUCUCUUGGGAACCAUUCCUCCCGAGAUUGGCCUUCUGAACAAGCUCCUCAACCUCACUAUCUUCAACGCCAAUCUCACCGGUCCUCUUCCCCUUGAGAUGUCCAACCUCACCGCUCUCAAGUUCCUAAACCUCUCCUUCAACAACUUCACCGGUGACUUCCCCGGAGCUAUGGUGCUCGGGAUGACGGACCUUGAGGUUUUUGAUGUCUUUUACAACAACUUCACCGGCAAGCUCCCCCUGCAGUUUGCCAUCCUGAGGCGACUCAGAACCCUCCAUCUUGGCUCAAACUACUUCUCUGGCGAAAUUCCGGAAGCCUACACCCGCAUACAGAGCCUUGAGAGCUUAGGUCUUCAAGGCAACGUUCUUACUGGCAGAAUUCCGGCGACCUUGGCUCGGCUGUCCAACCUUCAACAACUUUGCCUUGGUUAUUUCAAUGCCUACCAAGGAGGUAUACCCCCAGAAUUAGGAUCGUUGACCUCACUCCGACUCUUGGAUUUGGCAGCUUGUAAUCUCUCCGGGGCAAUUCCGCCGAGUUUGGGCAAUCUGAAGAUGUUACACUCUCUCUUUCUCCAGCGAAAUAACCUUUGCGGCCCCAUCCCUCCACAACUUUCUGGUUUAGCGAGUCUGAAAUCACUCGAUCUCUCCUUCAACCAAUUCAGUGGAGAGAUUCCGGCCAGCUUCAUUGAACUUCAGAACCUCACGCUGCUAAACCUUCCCCUGAACGACCUUCAGGGUCCUAUUCCAUCGUUCAUCGGCGACCUGCCGAAUUUGGAGGUGCUGCAGGUUUGGGGGAACAAUUUCACCUUAGAAUUGCCCGAGAACCUUGGCCGCAACAGAAAACUACUGCAUCUCGACGUCGCGACCAAUCACCUAACAGGUACGAUUCCUCGCUAUUUAUGCAAGGGAAGGAGACUAAAGACGCUGAUACUGAUGGAGAACUGCUUCGUGGGGCCGAUUCCUGAAGAACUCGGUGAGUGCAAGUCACUGACUCGGAUUCGGAUCACGAAGAACUACUUGAGCGGAACGAUUCCCUCCGGCUUCUUCAGCAUGCCGUUCUUGGACUUGCUUGAGCUUGACAACAACUUGCUCACUGGCCAACUUCCUUCCCAUAUCUCGGGGAGCAAGACACUUGGCCUACUAUCCCUCUCUAAUAACAACAUCACUGGACAAAUUCCUCCCUCCAUUGGAAACUUGGAUAAUUUGGUAACUCUCCUCCUUGACAGGAACCAAUUUUUCGGUGAAAUCCCGGAACAGAUGUUCAAUUUAAAAUCGCUUUCCAUUAUCAGCCUCAGCUCCAACAACGUUACCGGUAAGAUUCCGUCUUCAAUAGAACACUGUGAGUCUCUAACUUCAAUUGAUCUCAGCAGGAACAGUUUGUACGGCGAAAUUCCCGGAUGCAUUACCAGAUUAGACAGCUUGGGCAUACUCAAUUUGUCAAGAAACCAGCUCACUGGUACAAUACCUCGUAAAAUGGCAUCCAUGGGUAGCCUAACAACGCUGGACCUUUCAUACAAUAACCUGUCUGGGAGAAUACCCUGCAGCUUGCAGUUCCAAGCCUUCAAUGCCAGCUCCUUCGACGGCAACUCCGAACUCCGUCCACCGCACGGUCUAUGCCUGUUCCAAGUGCCAAACCCACCAGCUGGGGCUUUAAAGGAACGGCGUGCUGGGCUUUUCAGAUCAACAAACUUUCUCGUUGUCACGAUCACUGUUGUCGUGACGUUUGCGUUGAUGGUCAUAAUGACAGUCGCGGUCACGUUGAGGCGAAUCAGAAACAAGAGAUUGGAAAAAUCAAGAGUAUGGAAGCUCACUGCAUUCCAGAAGCUGGAUUUCAAAGCAGAAGACAUUCUCGAGUGCUUGAAGGAAGAGAACAUUAUCGGAAAAGGAGGAGCCGGAAUCGUGUACCGGGGAACCAUGCCAAACGGCGGAGUUGACGUGGCUAUCAAGCAACUGGUUGGCCGUGGUACCACGGGUAGCAACGACCACGGUUUCUCGGCAGAAAUACAGACUCUAGGAAAAAUCCGGCACCGAAACAUAGUGAAACUGUUAGGGUACCUGUCCAACAGAGACACGAACUUGCUGGUGUACGAGUACAUGCCAAAUGGGUGCUUGGGGGAAAUGCUUCACGGGCCAAACGGAGCCCAAUUGCAGUGGCAGAGCAGGAACAAGAUUGCAGUGGAGGCAGCCAAAGGGCUGUGUUAUCUCCACCAUGAUUGUUCCCCUCUCAUCAUUCACAGGGAUGUCAAGUCCAACAACAUACUGCUCGAUUCUGAUUACGAGGCUCAUGUGGCUGAUUUCGGGCUGGCCAAGUACUUCCGGGCGGCCGGAGCUUCAGAGCGCAUGUCGUGCAUUGCUGGCACCUUUGGUUACAUUGCUCCAGAGUACGGGCAUACCCUCAAAGUGGACGAGAAGAGCGAUGUGUAUAGCUUUGGGGUGGUGCUUCUAGAGCUGAUCACCGGUCGGAAGCCAGUGGCCCGUGAGUUCGAAGAGGGAGUAAACAUUGUGGGGUGGGUGAAGAAGAGGAGAAAGGAGUUGGGUCGGCCGUCCGAUACAGAAUGGGUGCUUGCAGUGAUUGAUCAAAGGCUUAGCCAGUACCCAUUGACGGGAGUGAUAAAGCUAUUCAGGAUUGCAAUGAUGUGCGUUGAGGACACGAGUGCAGCCAGGCCUACCAUGAGGAAAGUCGUCCACAUGCUCACCCAUCCCCCCCGCUCGCCCACUGCAAUACAAAAGUGUUAGAAGGCUCACUCCAUCACAUAAUUCACGUUCAGUAAACUAAUACUAAUAAGUGAAAUCA